GGCGGCGCGGGGCUGCGGGCCGGCCUGGGCCGCCUCCCCGCGCGCGCACCGCCCCGCGCACCCCGCCGGCAACCGCUGUCCGCGCCCGCGGCCAGGGCCCAGCCGCGCGUCCCCGGCCCGAGAGGAUGUGGCCCGGGGCGGCCCGGGAGCUGAGCAGGGCCCCCCGCACCGGCCCCCGCGGGCUCCGGCCUCCAGAGCCGCAGCCGCCGCCCCGCCCCCGAGAGACAUGACUUCCAAGCCGCAUUCCGACUGGAUUCCCUACAGUGUCUUAGAUGAUGAGGGAAGCAACCUGAGGCAGCAGAAGCUGGACCGGCAGCGGGCGCUGCUGGAGCAGAAGCAGAAGAAGAAGCGCCAGGAGCCCCUGAUGGUGCAGGCCAACGCCGACGGCGCGGGGCGGCCCCGGAGCCGGCGGGCUCGGCACUCGGAGGAGCAGGCGCCCCUGGUGGAGUCCUACCUCAGCAGCGGGGGCGGCACCAGCUACCAAGUUCAAGAGGCCGACUCCCUCGGCAGCGGCCGCCCGUCAGCACCAGCCCCGGCCCAGAGAAGCAAGGCGGCGGCGGGGGGCCAGGGCGGGGCCCCUAGGAAGGAGAAGAAGGGGAAACACAAAGGCGCCCGCGGGCCAGCGGCACUGGCAGAAGACAAGGGUGAGGCCCGCACCCCGGUGCAGAUCCUGACCGUGGGCCGCUCAGACCAUGCCCAGGACGCGGGGGAGCCGGCAGCCGGAGGGGGCGCACAGCCCGGCGCGCAGGACCUCCGUGCCGCGAUGCAGAGGAAGGGCAUCUCCAGCAGCAUGAGCUUCGAGGAGGAGGAGGAGGAGGAAGAGAACAGCUCCAGCUCCUCCCAGCUCAACACCAACACCCGCCCCAGCUCCGCCACCAGCCGCAAGUCUGUGGUCAAGGAGGCCGCCUCGGCCCCCAGCCCAACCGCCCCUGAGCCGCCAGCAGAAGUGGAGGUCCAGGACCUGGAGGAGUUUGCAGUGCGGCCGGCACCCCAGGGCAUCACCGUCAAGUGCCGCAUCACGCGGGACAAGAAGGGCAUGGACCGCGGCAUGUACCCCACCUACUUUCUGCACCUGGACCGGGAGGACGGGAAGAAGGUCUUCCUGCUGGCUGGAAGGAAGAGAAAGAAGAGCAAAACUUCCAAUUACCUCAUCUCUGUGGACCCCACGGACUUGUCUCGAGGAGGGGACAGCUACAUCGGAAAACUGCGGUCCAACCUCAUGGGCACCAAGUUCACUGUUUACGACAAUGGAGUCAACCCUCAGAAGGCCUCGUCCUCCACUUUGGAGAGCGGAACCUUGCGCCAGGAGCUGGCGGCUGUGUGCUACGAGACAAACGUCCUGGGCUUCAAGGGCCCCCGGAAGAUGAGCGUGAUUGUGCCGGGCAUGAACAUGGUUCAUGAGAGAGUCUCCAUCCGACCCCGAAACGAGCACGAGACGCUGCUGGCGCGCUGGCAGAACAAGAACACGGAGAGUGUCAUCGAGCUGCAGAACAAGACGCCCGUGUGGAACGACGACACCCAGUCCUACGUGCUCAACUUCCACGGGCGCGUCACGCAGGCCUCCGUGAAGAACUUCCAGAUAAUCCACGGCAACGACCCGGACUACAUCGUCAUGCAGUUCGGCCGUGUGGCGGAGGACGUGUUCACCAUGGAUUACAACUACCCGCUGUGCGCCCUGCAGGCCUUUGCCAUCGCCCUGUCGAGCUUCGACAGCAAACUGGCGUGCGAGUAGAGGCCUCCUGGUGCCCUUGGGGAUCGCCUGGCCUGCUGCGGGGCUGCCCGCCUCCCAGUGGGGACAGCCCCGCCGGGCCUCUGUACAUAGGCCUCCUGCAGAUGAAACCACAGCUCUCUCGGGGUGGGGCGGGGGCGCCCCUGGCCCUGCUGGCCAGGCCAGAACUGGCAUCUCCGCCUCUGAUGCUGGGUAUGUGUGAAGGACACGGAGGGGGGGAGUUCUCUCUGUGUCCUACAACCGACACUCAGCCCUGCUCUCGGGCUGGCAUCCUGCUGCCAUGCUGUUAGCCAAGCUGGGCGCCCUCUUCAGCGGGGAAGAGGUGUGGAAGGAGAGGAAGCACAACCCAGGGCUGCCAGGGGGCCCAGCCGUCCUGGCCCCAGAGCCCAGUGUCCCCAGGCGCCCCACGGCAAGUGUGCGUGUGCAGGGUCAGGGGCAAAGGGCUGGAAGCCAGGGCUGGUGGCCUUCAGGACAGCAGAACAGCAGGGCGUGGUUUCGGGGUGGUUCGGGGCGGUGAGGGGGGGCUUAUACAGGGAUAAGCGGGGGGUCCGGCUGACUGUGCUGUAGAAACCGGCUGGUCGCCCCGAGUGCUGGCCUGCUUGAUAAUCUCUAGGUUUCCUCUGCUCGCGGAGGUGGGGGAAGCUGGCCCUCAUAGCCAGGCCCAGCCCAGGGGCGGGGUGGGGUGCGGGACUCAGGCUCAGCAUCCUGAAUCCCACCCUGGGGCUGCCCAGGGAGCCCCGUCAGCAGGGCCCCGAAGCUCUCUGCCCAGCAGCUCCUCCCAGGCCCCGGGAAACCCAGGCCGGCGGGGCUGGGGGCGGGGGCGCUGCGGGCACAGUCCCCCUGCCUAGGCCCCUAAGCCCAUGCGCAUGCCCAGAGAGAGGGACGAGCCGCUCGAGCCGCUGCUCCCUGGGAAAGACCCACCUCCGGGCGCCCCCUGAGGACGUAGUUGGUGCGGAGCUGGCCUGAGAGCACAGACAGGACCGGGAGCUGCGGACGGGGCCGUGUCUUAGAUCCCAGUGUAAUCCGAGGGUUUAGACGCUUAGAGAUCAACUAGUACACACAACUGCCACUUCGGGGGCGUCCUGCUCAGAGCCCGGCCGCAUCCCCCCGGCGCCCUGGCUGGUGCGCGGCCGAGCUCAGACCUCAGCGCCUCUGAGAACCAGCGCUUGGUGGUUCUCUGGCCUUCCUGGAGGACCCAGGUCACCUCCCUUCCCCUCACCCUUGCCCUCACUUCCGGAGACUGUAAGAAAUGUCACUUAAGGGAUGAAACCAGGCAGUUCCCUGCUGAGAGCCUCGGGAGGGAGGAGGGAGGCUGGUGCCAGGCCAGGGCCCCUCUGCCCUCACCCGCCAGCCCGCGCCCCGAGGCGCUGCCCAUCCUUCGCCCAGAUGGGGACUGGAGGGAAGCUCGCAGUGGUUCUUCAGAGUAGAUGUGCUUGGACAUUCCUGUUUAAAAAAAAAAAAAAGUUUUUAAAUCGCACUUGGAGCGUGAGGCCUCUGUCGGGGGGGGGGGGGGGUGAAAGGGUGCCCUGGAGCCCUUGUAGUGUAGCUUGUCAGGAGUUGGGGCACCGAGGCAGACAGUACCGCUUCCUGCCCAGACCUGGGCCCCUCCCUUCAGGGGUGGCCCCUCCGGUGAAUGUCGCUUUUGGCGCCAGAUGCUGCCUCCUCCAGGGCUCUGGGACUGCUCAGUUUCCCAUGAAGCCCAGCGAUCCUGCCUUCCAGCUCUCUUUCCUGACUUCUGGUGAGGCAUCCUGACACCGGGGCUGGCGGGGCCCAGGCAGUCCCUACCGCCAGCUGCAGCCGCUUCUUGGGGCCUGUUUGGAUGCUGGGGAGAGGAGGGAGCCGGGUGGCAGAGCGGAGGAACCAGAAGCACAGGGGGAAGCUGCCAGGAGGGAACUGGGGUGUGGGAGGGAAGGUUCAGGGUGCAGAAGGGCUGGCCGAGCAGAGCUGGCUGGUUAACGUCACAGGGUCAGGCGGGGACAGGCACCGGAGUAGAGUCGUGAGCCAGGCGUUGAGUGACAAACAAGAGCAGCCGAGUCAUCCGCUGGCAAGCCCGGUCCAUGGCGACCCCCUUCCUGUGCUGCCAGCGGCCUCCCAGCCAAAGACUAACGCUGCCAGGGCCCCCCACCAUCAGACCCCCGGGCCCAGACUCCCCCAUAGUAAUUUCCCCCCCUUUGGUACCCUCUGCCCAGGCAGCUAGUGACGGGGCUGGGGGACCAGGAGCUGGAAGGGCAGAACCUGCGGGUGACUGGAGGCAGGGAGUCCUGGCGGCUCUUCUGUACCUUCCGCCCCGCUCAGCCCAGCAAGGGGGCAGGUCACGUCCCCCCAACACUUCUCAGUUCUAGCUUUUCUUUCCUUCUGGCUUCAAGGUGCUCUGUGUGUGUCUGUGUGUGUCUGUGUGUCUGUGUGUAUUCCGGGGCAAAGGGCAAGCCGCACACCAUUAGCCAAGGUGUCUGGUUGGCACCCGUCUCGCCCGAGGAAGAGUUCCGGUCACCUGUGGCUCUUGUCCAAUCAUUUCAUGCCCUGGGAUGAGAAGGCAGGUGUGGGAAAGUGCCAGCGUUCCCUCCCACGGCUCUGGCCCCGAGGACCCCAGCCCAGGAAGUGGAGUUUCUCAUUCUCUCCCCACCGAAAGCGAUCAGCCUGUCGCCCGGCUGGCUUUGGGGUGAAUCUAUACGUGUUCUAGUGAAUGUGCCUUAAAAAUCACGACACUAGUUCAGAAGGAACGUGGCAGGUGCAGGUGCUGGCUGAGGACAGAUGGUGGCAGAGACCUCGGGGGCAGCCACCCCCAGAUGAGACAGGCAGCUCUGCAGGGGCCCAGGGAGGCCUGGUCGCAAGCACAAUCCCGUCUGAGGCCCUUCCCACACUCGCCAGCCCGCCCCCCUCUCCUGAGCUCAGGACAGCAGGUGGCCCUCAGCACACUUUCCGAAUAGCUGAACGUGUUUGUUCUCGGGGAUGCCAGGCUCUGUGUGGGCUGGGGUCCAGCUGGUGGCCCGCGUGGUCCCCAGAACAGACGGAGGGCUAGGCUCUCACUUGGGUCCACUGGUUGCCUGGCUCUGUACCUGCAGUUUCCUGUCAUCUCGAGGAUGUGUGGGAGGGGACGGGGCAGGUUGGGGUUCUGGAGGUUUCAAGCCACGCUGGGAGAGGCCGGCCCGUCAGGCAGAGAGUGGCGCUCGGGAUCUAGAGCAAACCCUGUCCCCCCCUUCUUGGUCUGUUUUCUCAUCCGCACACAAGCUUAGUGUAGGAGUUGGAGUGAAUGAAAGUUCACUUGCGUCCACUGCUCCCUUUUAUAGCUCAUCACUGUGCCUUUUUUCUUUCCUAAGAAAGACUUCUCACCCCUCCUCUCUUCUGUUCCAUCAUGCCCCCCACCCCUGGUCCGGGCCCCGGCAGAGCCAAGGGAAGGAGAGACCCCGAGUCUCCCAGAGGGAACUGAGAGGGGCUCCCAAGGGAAGCCCAAGCCUGGCCUCUGCCCUGCAUCGGUGACAAAGGGGACUUGGUCAGGAUGGGUGGGUGACAGUUCUCUUACUGGGAGCGUACAUUUAGCCAGUUUUCAUAAUGCCUAGAACGUGUCCGUCUAUUUGCACAAGACUGUCUUAGCCUAUUUUGGAGUGGUCAGACAUCUUAUUUUUGUUCAGAAUUACCUGGAAUUUUAGACAAACUUGCAAAACUGUGCUUUUAUUAAGUGACUUUUUGAAUAAACUUUGGUAUUCUGGAGCAAAUGUAUUUAUUUAUUGGUAUGUGCAAUGACAGUUGGUAUUUUCCCAUGUCGACAUUAUGUAUGUUGUAGAAAUUAGUGUUUGUCUAAGUACAGAACCUAUAUCAACAGAUUAAACUUGAAUUGUUUCAACAUGC